AUGGCAAAUCCCAUCGAGAUUCCCUGUUCUUCCUCCCGCCCGUCCCAAUGCAUUCAGAGCCUCGAGCACAGCUGCUGGCAAGAGGAUGAAAACGAAAAGGAAGACCUCAACCCGAAACUCCUCGUCGGCCUUGUCCGAAUUGUGCCAAUCCUGCCGCGACCUUGGACAGGACGCGUCGUCACUGCGGCCCGGAGUUUGUGCACGAUUGCGGACCCACCGGCGGUGCUGCUCGAACUGGGCUUGGUGGGCAGAGGAAUACGAAGGCCGUCAAUGGCUCGCCCACACCCACUUGAGGGGGAGCGGACUCGACAGGCCGGGCCUAUCAACUUGGCGGCCGACACAAAGCAGGUCUGGAACCUGGUGCCGAACCCGAGCAGCCAACCGGAGCAGGCUGUUCUGGCCCGACGCCGCUGAGCGCGCAUCGCCAAGGUUUGGACCGCAAGCCAGAGAUUUACAUUUAGC